GCUGGGAAGAGAGAGAGAGAGAGAGAGAGAGAGAGAGAGAAAGAGGGAGAGAGGAGAAUCUAAAGACUGACCUGAGGAAUCAUGCGUAGUCACAGUCAUAGAGACGCGUUGAGGAAGAUGAAAUCCACAACAAGCAGCCAGCGAUAGAGAUCUCGUGAGCCACAAGGACUAAAAAAAAAUGACUGAUUUUCUACGUUUCUGCUCGAAAAGACGACAAAACAAAGACACCGCAACUCUGGAAAGUUCUACAUGUGUUUGCUUUAACUAAAGGUCCCAUCUCGUACACAUACAGUGAUGAAUUCUCUGGAUAUCUGGGACAGCAUGCCUUUGGCAUUCACAGAACCCGAGGUGUUAUCAGACCGGUCGGAACUCUAUAUGAAUUCAAGUCUUUUAAACACCUCCACCAGCAACACCACCAACCUCACCAGCAUGACCUACUACCCAUACUACCAGCACUCUCUGCCUGUGGCAGCCAGCCUGACCAUAGCCUACCUAUUCAUCUUCCUGCUCUGCAUGGUAGGAAAUGGCCUGGUGUGCCUCAUCGUGUUGGAGAACCGGCGCAUGAGAACAGUCACCAACCUGUUCAUCUUUAAUCUGGCGGUGAGCGACCUGCUGGUGGGGGUUUUCUGCAUCCCGACUACGCUGGUGGAUAAUCUAAUCACAGGUUGGCCCUUCUCCAACAUGGUGUGUAAGCUGAGUGGCUUAGUGCAGGGAAUGUCCGUCGCAGCCUCCGUCUUCACUCUAGUCGCCAUCGCUGUGGACAGGUUUCGCUGCAUCGUCUACCCUUUCCAGCCUAAACUGACCUUGCUGGUUGCCAAGGUGACAAUAGCAAUGAUUUGGGUGCUGGCAUUGGUGAUUAUGUGCCCUUCUGCAGUGAUGUUGACUGUGGAGCAUGUCAAGGAUCACUUUAUGGUGCACAACAACUACAACCAGACAUACCCACUCUUGUCUUGCUUUGAGAACUGGGGUGACCCCCACAUGAGGAAAGUCUACACCACAAUCCUGUUUGCCCACAUUUACCUGAUCCCACUCACGAUAAUCACGCUUAUGUACGGGCGCAUCGGCAUCAAGCUCUACACCACAUCCGUCAUUUCCGUGAACGAGCAGCCAGAAAGUGGUGGGGGUCAGAACGCUGCCAGGCCGUUGAUCUCGCACAAAAAGAUCAAAGUGAUCAAAAUGUUGAUUAUGGUGGCCCUUCUUUUUACACUCUCCUGGCUACCCUUAUGGAUCCUCAUGCUCCUGACAGAUUACGGAGGUCUGGAGCAGGAGGAACUCGAGCUCCUCUCUGGCUACGUGUUUCCAUUUGCACACUGGCUAGCUUUCUCAAAUUCCAGCGUCAACCCCAUCAUCUAUGGCUACUACAACGAAAACUUCAAGCGAGGCUUCCAGGCUGUCUGCAGGACCCAUUCGUUCUGCUGCUGCUGUUUUAUCCUGCCUACAGGAAGCAGAAGGGUUCACAGACCAGGCAGGGAAGGCCAGAGAGAAACAGUGGGGAACUCAAAUACUCUGGCCUUUGGAGCCAGAAACAGGGUUUACACCGAUGGGAACUUAAAAAACUGCAGACCCAGCAUGGAUGAAGAGCAUAAGAGGGGCGGUUGCAGGCUCAGUAGUUCUGCUAGCAUGGACGAUGCCAGAUCCGAGAUGGCCAUUCAGACAAAAGGGGUUGCGAGUCAAAAAGGACUGCAAAUGGAAGACCUGGAGAAGAUCAGUCCCAUUGGCAUUACUGUGAGUCAGGCCUGGGACCAGUAGAGACUAGCCUAAAGCAACAGUAAAUUAAAAUUAUAAAUUAUUUUUUAACUAAAGCCUAAAACUGUGCACCAUCAUUACCACGAUGCAUCCAGGGUUACAAACCAAUCGUACCUGGAGAUAGAGGACCAAUAGAGGAUCAAUCCCAUUGGCAGAAUCAAGAGUCAAUCAUGGGGCAUUUAAUGGAUAUGAUUUUAGAAUUUAGCCUGUAAUUUACAUUGUUUUAGACAUCAAGCGACCAAAAACCAAACAGGCUUCGAAAUCAAGGGUGGAUAAUACGUAAGAAAUGGUACCGUUACUGUACCUAAGUAAGAUUUUCGAUUUGUACAUCACUCAAGUAUUAUCGCAAAUAUUAAACCCUUACUUAAAAAUAUAGAAGUAAAUGUUCAAGACAUUUUCAUUCUGAUCUUAAAGUAGUGCAUAAAAACGCCUCGAGAUAUCGACUUAUCGAUAUUACGCUCGGCCGCACGGAAUCAUAAGCGACACAAAGAAAUAGACAAGCUUAAUUUGCAUCUGCGAUCAAGCACCAAUGAUUCAAUCGCAGUGAAUUCACUCCUUUGCCUUCCAAGGAGAAAAAAAAGACAUAUUCAGCUUGAAGAUGAAAAUUUGCCAUCACAUGUGAAGAAGCAUGUAGAACGACGUAAGCUAGACAUACUGUAAGUCCGCAACAUUUGCUAGAUAGUUGUGGUUUUUAUCGCUAAUGCGAUCUAAGCGUUCGUUCAAACAGGGUUAUAUAAUAUUAUUUAACCCUAUAAUAACUUGUCAGAGUUAGCAAAAUAUUUUAAGAAGUAUUUCAUUAAAUAUACAUAAUCCGAACCCUGGCGAGCCAUUAAAUGUACGUAGUAUUUAAUAUUCACUGAAGUAUAUUUUCAAGUUUUCCACCAAAUUUUGAAUUGAGAUUUUUAAUAACAUGCCUAUGAAUUUACUUAAGUAAAAUUUUUCUUUACUCUUUCCCACCUCGGUCUGGAUCGGAGGGGCUACUGUAUGUGGCAGUGAGCUAUUCUACCCACAUUCCUGGAAUGACUAAAUGUUAUCUCUGUGAUUAACAAACAUUUACACCUUUAAAGGUCACGAAGCGAAAGAUCGUGUAUAGAUCGGCCCUUUACUGGAUCGAUUUAAUUAACAGGACCAACCACAGAUCGGCUGUGAGACCAUCAGCAAACACCAUCUGUAACCCGAGCAGUUACAAAACGUGGACACCUCGGUAAAAAGGCAACAGCUUCAGGUUCAGCGGCUACGUCGGCAAGGACGGCGCCAGGUCCGUGGAGCCGUGUGAUAACGGCAAGGAUGACGCUGGUGUCCAAAAUGACAAAGGCGCUGUGUGAUAAAACAGGACUGCAGAUGGAGAACCUGGACAUUCUCACUCACAUUGCUGUGACCAUGAGCCAGGCUUGGGGCCAGUAACGGGCCUAAUUAUACAGUUCAGCAACCAGAAAGAACAAUGCGGAUAAUCGUUCGCCAAAUGGCAGAAAUCCUGGUGUAAAUCAGCUGGAUAAUUCUGAAUGACAUUACAAAGUGAUGAGAAGAAUCCUCAGAGAAAGGUAUAACAUUGUAGGCAUCUGCUAAAUAUAUAUCACACUAAUAGAUGUUCUUCAUAUACGUUUAACUAUCUGGUCAGGAGCAUGAUGGUAUCUCAGAGGGAAACCAGAGCAUUGGUGAAGUUUGUGUGGUACUUUCUAUUUUGCUACAUUUCAAUGGUGCAUUACAAUGCUGACAUUUAAUUUUAUGUAGAUUACAGAGCUUUUGUUCAUCGUUUGAAAAAGCAAACAAUGGAAAUGACAGCACUAAGUGAUCAUUAGUUACUGCUGUGAUUUUCUAUGUCUUUGUAUCUAAUUUUUUAAAACAAGAAAAAGUUCUCAGGUACAAAUCAUGAACCGAUCAUGAACUUGAGCAAGAAUUUGAAGAACACACACACACACACACACACACACACACACACACACACACACACACACACACACACACACACACACACCUCCAAAAGUAUUGGAAGUAUCUGGAGUUUAUAUUUUUGCUCUGGAUGCUUUGUUUAAAUGGUGGACUGUGAGACCUUCACCUCUGCCCUAUGGAGGUGUUUAGUGGUCACUGACUGCUCUCUUUGGGCUUCUCUUCACAUUCAAAGCUCUCACUCAAGGCUUCUGUCAUCAGCUGCUGUUGUGUUUCUUAGCCAACCUGUUUGGUGUUCAGUACACGAGUGGCUUCUUUACUUUUCAGGACAUUCCAAAUUGUUGUAUCGGCUACGCGCAAUGCCUGUUAGCGAUGUACUGUCUUUUGUCAGCUUCGCAAUUUGCUCUUUGCUCCUUGCUAUUUCAAUACUUUCAGAGAGCAUCUCUGACUCUCAAACAUACAUUAUAUACAUACAUUAUAUACAUACACACACAUACAUACAGUAUAUACAUACAUGCACACAUAUACAUACAUACAUGCACACAUAUACAUACA